ACAGCAACCUGACAGACAAAUAUCACUAACGCCCAUUAAGAGGCAAUAGGAAAUGAAUCGAGUCGUGAAAUUAGUUGCCUCUCCAUCCUACUGAGAGAAGAGACCUCCCUGUCACACCAGCAGCAACCUCUGCCGCACUUUGGGAUUUAUCUGCGAUUUCUUUCAUUCCCCCGGCUUUGUUUUGCAUUUAGUUGCAUUAUCUCCCUUUGCAUCGUCGAAAUGGCAACGCGAAUUGACAAAGAGGCUUGCAGAGAAGCAUACAAUCUGGUGCGAGACGACGGCUCAGAUAUAUGCUGGGCAUCUUUUAAGUAUGACGGAUCUACUAUUGUACCAGCUGGUCACGGGUCCGACUACGAAGAAUUCAAGAGUCAGUGUACAGAUGACGCCCGUCUCUUUGGUUUCGUGAGGAUCACGACGGGCGACGCCAUGAGCAAGCGUGCCAAGUUCACCCUCAUCACCUGGAUUGGCGAGAACAUCAGCGGACUGCAAAGAGCUAAGAUUAGCACCGACAAGACACUGGUAAAAGACAUCGUGCAGAACUUUGCCAAGGAGUUUAUGAUCAGCGAUCCCCGGGAGCUGGAGGAAGACUACCUCCGCAAUGAGCUGAAGAAGGCCGGCGGGGCCAACUACGACGCCCAGGCCGAAUAGAACUUGGGGACGGGUUUCCAUAGGGUUGGAUGAGAAGGAAGGGGAAAACGUCAUCUUGUACACAUGCACACACAGACAAACAUACACACACAGACAAACGCAAAUAUACAUACCUCACCCCUAUUGCCAGUCUGGGCAUGGUUGAUUUAUCUACUGUAUUGUGCAUCAUCUCAAUGUCAUCUCUGCUAGUGCUUAUGAGGGUUAUCUUUCUUCUUUUUUUUUGUGCAUUUUUGUAACUGUAAUCAGAAUUUCUGAGGAUGCUCCCUUGGCUCAGAGUUGUCAUCACUGUGAUAUGCUUCCAUAAUCAAUGGAGGGCAUACGAGUCCAGCAUUGUUUUAUUUAAGGGGUUUAUUAUGAAUCUUCAUCUCCCUGCUGACUCCUCUAAAACAGACCACUGUGUUUACUGUCUCAAUCUCCCAUGGAGAGGAAGACAUCAUGGAAUGUGUGCAUUUGUGUAUGUGUGUGUUUGCAGACACUGCACUGUGACUGGCUAACUUGCAUGCAGGGGGUGGAGUCUUAAAGGAUCUUGUAGCUGUGAUUGGCUGUUUCUCUUUACUCAACAAUGGAGCAGCCAUUUCUCUAGUGUAGCCUUCAUUUUGGAUCACAUUAAAAUACCCACAAAACAAUGUUAUCUUUUUUUUUUUUUUUUUUUUAAGUAGGUUUUAUUUACAUUUAAAAAAUCAAAUCUGUGGUUCUUCCUUUACAAUAAAAAUGCCUCCCGAGCCAAGACAAGAAAUACGAUGGUCACAAAAGCAAUCAUGUCAGAAUAAAAUUGUUGUUUUUUCAA